AGCAGAGGGAGGAGGACGACGAUUCUCACCGCGCCGUAACACACACACACACUUCGAAAGCAACUUUAAUUUCUUUUUGCACACACACAGCGCAAGAAGUGUAGAAACGCGAAUUUACUUCUGAGGAGUUUUAUUUCCUAACAAUGCUCACAGUCGGAGCUGAAAACUUUAAUUCGGGCAGUUGUCUGACGUUAGUUACUUAGUCCGAACAUUAUUUCUCCUCACGCAUUAAAACUUUGGAGAGCCACGAAACCGGUCAACAUGAGAGCUCAAAUCGAGGUGAUACCGUGUAAGAUCUGUGGAGACAAAUCCUCCGGGAUUCACUACGGUGUAAUUACGUGCGAAGGGUGCAAGGGUUUUUUCCGACGCAGCCAGCAGAAUAAUGCCAUGUACUCGUGUUCACGGCAGAGGAACUGCCUGAUUGACCGAACCAACCGCAACCGCUGCCAACACUGCCGUCUGCAGAAGUGCCUGGCUCUCGGCAUGAGCCGCGAUGCGGUGAAGUUUGGCCGCAUGUCGAAGAAGCAGCGGGACAGUCUAUACGCAGAGGUCCAGCGGCACCAGCAGCUCACCCAGGAUUGCCUGGCGGGUCUGACUGGCCGCGAUGAAGCUGAAGACGGAGCCCACAGCCGGCCGUACAGCAGCGGAGGCUCCAGCUCCACCCUCAGCGACCUGGACGACAUCGCCACGCUGCCCGACGGCCUGCUGUUCGACCUGCCGCUCACGCCAGAGGAGGCAGGCGAGUACUGCGCUCUGGAGAUGCUCAGCAGCGGGACAGGCUCUGGAAGUGGAAGCUCAUCAUCCAGUCAGAGCUCUCCUGAGCCCAGCGCUGUGGAUCUGGCGGACGCAGUGAGGGUGAAGCACGAGUACAUCAUGCCUGACAACAGCUGUCUCACACACUCUCUGCUGGGCUCCAUACCAGACAACUGCUCUCUGCACGAUAUAGAACGGAUCACUCAGAAUGUGGUGAAGUCUCACCUGGAGACGUGUCAGUACAGCACAGAAGAGCUGAAGAAACACACCUGGAGCCUCUACACACCUGAAGAAACACGCAGCUUCCAGCUCAAGUCUGCAGAGUGGAUGUGGCAGCAGUGCGCUCUGCACAUCACAAACGCAAUCCAGUACGUGGUGGAGUUCGCCAAACGCAUCUCUGGGUUCAUGGAGCUCUGCCAGAAUGACCAGAUCAUCCUGCUCAAAGCAGGAUGCCUGGAAGUCCUGCUGAUAAGAAUGUGUCGCGCCUACAACUCUUCCAACAACACUAUGUUUUUUGAUGGCAAGUUUGCCAGUCCUCAGCUCUUCAAAGCUCUCGGGUGUGAUGACCUGGUAAACGCUGUGUUCGAAUUGGCUAAAAGUCUGAGUCGUCUUCAGCUGAGCGAGGAGGAAAUGGCGUUAUACAGCGCCGCGGUUCUGCUAGCUCCAGACCGGCCGUGGUUGACGGAGUCCCAGCAGGUUCAGAAGCUCCAGGAGAAGGUUUACGUGGCUCUUCAGCACAGCCUGCAUAUGAACGGAGCCACUGUUGAGAAACUGGACAAGAUGGUGUCUAAACUCCCUCAGAUGAAAUCGAUCUGUAACCUGCAUAUUGACAAGCUGGAGUUCUUCCGCCUAGUUCAUCCCGAGACGGCCUACAAUUUCCCUCCUCUGUACAGGGAAGUGUUCGGCAGCGAGAUCAACUUCCCAGACUCCACCAACAGUUAGAAAGAGCGAGAGAGUGAGGGAGAGAGAGAAUCAGAGUGAGAGAAGGGGAAGUAAAGAGCAUGUGUGAACACAUGAGAGGACAUUAUCUCUAAAAACAGCAUUUAAAAAAAAAAAAAAAGCUCCAGGGAGAAUCUAUUACACUGUUAAAUACUACCAGCACAAACUCAUUCACUACACUACAACAGGGGCCAAUCAAGUGUUUCAGAUUCCGCAACACGCUCGUAUGUACAGUUGAAGUCACAAUUAUUAGCCUUCCUGUGAUUUUUCCUAAUUGAUGUUUAACAGAGCAAGGAAUUUUUUCACAGUAUUUCUGAUAAUAUUUUUUCUUCUGGAAAAAGUCUUUUCGGCUAGAAUAAAAGCAGUUUUAAAUUUUUUAAAAACCAUUUUAAGGUCAAUAUUAUUAGCCCCUUUUAGUUUUGCCCAUCUACCCUAACUUGCCUUAUUAGCCUAGCUAACUAAGCCUUUAAAUGUCACUUUAAACUGAAUACUAGUAUCUUGAAAAAUAUCUAGUAGAAUAUUAUGUGCUGUCAUCAUGGCAAAGAUAAAAUAAAUCAAUUAUGAGUUAUUAAAACUAUUAUGUUUAAAAAUGUGUUGGGAAAAAAAAUCAUCUCUCUGUUAAACAGAAAUUGGGGAAAAAGUAUACAGGGGUGCUAAUAAUUCUGACUUAACCUGUAGAUUAUUCCUGGAGUUGUGCUCUCAGAUCUGUUUUUAAUUUCAUGGAAACACUCCUGAAUUACCGAUUGUGUACAGAUGUAGACAACAUGUUGAUGUCUAAGCAUGCCACUUAUUCUGCAUCUGUACAUUGUUUUUUUUUUCAAUAAUAGAGGUUUUAUAAAUGAAGAAUUUCAGGAUCAAACUCUCUUCCACUGUAACAUUCAGGAGAGCACAACGCUUUUUAUUUGACGCUUACAACAUGCUAGGUGACUGUCACACGUCCCUCCCCGCUGAAUCGCUCUUUAAGCACUUAUAUCGCUUUUUUUUUCCCCCUCCCUCUUCCCUCGUUUUUUCACCCUCAGGUGAAUCAUGAAUGUAUCCCCCAAAACAAAAGCACUUAUUUUCAUUUGAGACCGAAUGUACUAUAAUGCACUUUUGGUCUUGCGUUAUGCAUCAUGAGACUUUAUGACAAUCCGCUCUGAAACAAACAAACAAAAGCGCCCAGAAUGUUAAAAAAACGAAGGGACCAAUGUUACCAGAGCUAUUUUAAAGGAACAUUCUACGUUAAAUACAAGCUAAGUUCUCCAUUUUUAAUAUUAAUUACCACAAUAAUAUUAAGACAUUUUGAAAAACAUGUAGUUUUAACAAUUAACUUCGAAUAAUGUCUUCAAACAUAAUGUAUUUAGGAAAAAAUAUAUACAUUUAUUGUGAAUUAUCACUUCAGACUACACAAUAUUUUUGUUUUUGACAUUUCUCAUGUCAUAUUAUCGUGUUUGACCUGUUCUUAAAAUUCUUGAGCAAGUAGCAUGAGGCUUCCAGACCAAUCAUUGCUUGCCGUCUUUAAUGACAUGCAUGAUGUCAUCAAGCAGGCAGAACUUGGGAGAACUGUAUGUGGAAAUACGAGCAUAAAAAAACAAUGGUAACCAAAGCAAUUUGUUUUCUGCUGACUGAGGAAAAGCAGUAAAGACAUAAAAGCAGGAUUAUUAUUAGCAUUUCUAUUGCCUUUCUUUAGUUUUUUUAGUUGAAAAGCAAAACCAAUGAGAUUCUGUUCUGCUAUUGGUCAAUUUCACAGCAAACUCCUUCAUGCAAUAUAAAAAAUGCAAUGACAAAAAUUGCUUUAACCUAUUUUAAUAAGCAAAUCAGAUCUCAACUAAUACACAAAGUUUAACUUAAUUUUUUUUGUUCGUUUGAUUGAUGUAAGUCAAUGACUAGAGAUGACUAGAAACGUUCAUUUGAUUCAACUAAAACAUUUAAGACAGUAAGAAUUUAUUUACAGUGUUGAAAAGUGACCCAAAAGUGAUAAAGCUGGUUAUUUUUCAGCACGAAUUGAAUAGUCCCAGACAGUUCAUUUGAUUCAACUAAAAAGUUUAAGACAGCAAGAAUGUAUUAGCAAUGUCGAAAUGUGACCAAAAAGUGAUAAAGCUGGUAAUUUUUCAGGGCAUAUCAAAUCGUCCAAGACACAAAAUCUGUUUUAAUUUAUUCAUUUAUCAAAUUAAGCCAAACUAUACAAGAAAAAAUCUCAAUUCUUGCCUCGCAAUGCCUAUUUCUGUUUAAAAAUCGCCACAAAACCAACUUUAAAAGACAUUGUGCCAAAAUAGGACUGAUAUUGUGUAGUCUAAACCUACGAACAAAAUACAACAUACUACCAACCUGAUUUCACCAAGUGGGACAAGUACCUGCAUUAACAUCUAUGUUGAUCCUGGAACACCAUUCCAAUCAGCCAAUCAGAAUUAAGGGAUACGUUUACAGUUUAUGUGAAGUUUAGGCUUACAGUUAGGUUUAAGCGAUUUUACGUGAUUGUUAUCCAACUAUUAUUCCCUUCUGAUUUUGGAAUAUUUAACAGUUAUGGUUGGGUUCAGGGGUAGGGAAUAGGUAUGAAUUACAUUUUCGAACAAAAAUUAUGUUCCAGGAUCAACAUAGAUGUUAAUCCAGGAUCGCAUCGUACUUGGCAAAAUCAUGACAUGCACAAGAUACAUGUAUAAAAGUCUAAAAAAUGAACGUAUAUUGAUAAACGUGCACCUACAGUUUAACGUCUAUUGGGCAGCUAAGCCCGUAAAAACACUGUACACUGUAAAAAGUGAUUCGUUGAAUUUACUUUUAAAAAUAGAGGACACUCAUUGACUUUAUUCACUUUUUAAAAGUACCUAAUUGCUUUUUACACUGUAGUUCUUCAUUAAAUCAGAUUUUAACUUGUGUUUAACCUGGAAUGUUCCUUCAGUGCUAUUUAAACGAACCAGAAAUCAUAAGUGUGCUAAACUGUUUUCUAAUGUGGAAUAGAAGUCAGUUCUUUUGACCAUCAACCAGAUGAACAGUUCGAUUGUGCGGUCAUGACCAAACAUUUGUGAACACCUUUUGUUACAAACAAAAAAAAGCUAAGAAAACCACACAGACCUCACUUCAGCAGUUAUUUGCAUGAUCUCAUACCUCAUACCUCAAUAAAACUUGGUACAGUAUUAAACUCAAGCAAACAAGUUCUCACUGCAAAAGCGCUUAACGGCGCGUUUUUAUUAAUUACAGAUGAGAAUACAGUUAUACAUGGUUAUGGAGAGAGAAAAAAACAAGAGAUCACUUUAAAAUUGUCAACUUCUCUGGAUGUAUUUGGUUCAUUAUUUAUGUGUUUUGAGUAAAAGGUUAAUAUUUGUUUAAUUGUCCACUGAAGCGUUUUUACGCAGAUGAAAAUGGCAGCAAUCUUCUAAAAAUGGGGAAAGCUCAGCACUUUGUGUAAAACCAAAGUCCCUUUAGGCAAGUCAUUUCACUCAACGACCUUCUUUGAAACUGCUCUCAGGCAGUAUGCUCGGUCAUUCUGUUAGAAUGGGGAAACAUCAAAUUCUUGCCAAGCUUACGAUUAAAUUUCAUAUUAAGUAACAACAAUAAGAUAAAACAACAACGGUCUUUUUAGCUUCAUUUCUAAACAUUUGAGUCACACAGAAUCUGCAAAGACUCACGUCUGGUUUGAACCCCUCCCCUGGAGAAUCAUCAGCCUAUACUGAUCGCUGAUUGGCUCUUGUACUAGAACGCGGGGCUUCAUUUGCCAUAUUGACUGGUACACUUUUCCCUAUUCGAAACUAAAUGAGUGACACAUCUUGUGUAUUGUUUGAUCUUAUUCUUCAAUACGGAAGUGCAUCCGUUUUUGCGAUUGUUUUAGAACUUUCGAUUUAGUUGACUAUUGAAGAAAUGACGUAAUAAUAAAGGACAAAAAAUGGUCAAACCACUUGCUAUACCAACAAGUGUGUUUAAGACUAUACUGUACAUGACAAGUUUGCAACAUGAAGCCAUUUUACUGUCUAAAAAUCAAUGUAUGUGAAUGAGACCAGACGUCUCAAGUUAAAAAGAUUCCAAUGGAUUCCCCCUCGUACUUGAAGAAUAAGGUCUAUAGUCUUUUGUAAAACCCACUAAGUACUGUUUUAAAAAAGCAGCCCUUCCAUUGACAACAACAA